AUGCCGGCCCUCAAGAAGCGCAAGAUCUCUCAUGAGAAACUUGUUGAGAAAGACGAGGUCUCAGAUGACGCUAGCUCAUCAAGCGAGGAUGUUUCGCCAUCGCAAAACGAAAAUACAGCGCCCAAGACAUUCAAAGAUUUGGGGUUGAUUCCUCAGCUCUGUGAAGCCUGUGAUGCUUUAGGAUACAAGGCUCCAACUGCCAUUCAGUUGGAGUCCAUACCAUUAGCUUUACAGAACCGCGAUUUGAUCGGUCUAGCAGAAACGGGUUCAGGAAAAACGGCUGCAUUUGCGCUGCCCAUUCUACAGGCCUUGAUGGACAAGCCUCAGCCAUUCUUCGGACUCGUCCUUGCUCCCACAAGAGAGUUGGCUUACCAGAUCUCGGAGGCCUUUGAAGCCCUUGGCUCAGUCAUUUCCGUUCGCACUGUUGUUCUCGUCGGAGGAAUGGACAUGGUUUCGCAAUCAAUCGCAAUUGGCAAACGACCGCACAUUAUCGUCGCUACCCCCGGUCGAUUACUCGAUCAUCUCGAGAAUACAAAGGGCUUUAGUUUACGGACAUUGAAAUAUUUGGUCAUGGACGAAGCAGACCGCCUGCUGGACAUGGAUUUUGGUCCGCUGAUUACAAAAAUUCUCAAGGUUCUGCCUCGAGAAAGACGAACUUUCCUUUUCUCUGCAACCAUGAGUUCCAAGGUGGAAGGACUCCAGCGGGCUUCAUUAUCGAAUCCUCUACGUGUGUCUGUUUCUUCAAACAAAUAUCAGACGGUCGCCACGCUUUUACAAUAUUAUCUUUUCAUUCCGCACAAGCACAAGGACGUCCAUUUGAUAUGGUUGCUGAAUGAGCACGUCGGACAGUCGGUCAUUAUAUUCACUCGCACCGUCCAUGAGACUAUGCGACUCACUAUCCUCUCUCGUGCGUUAGGAUUUGGCGCCAUAGCCCUCCACGGACAGCUUUCACAAUCCGCCAGGUUAGGAGCAUUAGGGAAAUUUCGAGCACGCAGCCGUGACAUUCUUAUUUCCACGGAUGUUGCUGCCCGAGGUCUCGAUAUCCCCUCUGUGGAUCUUGUCCUCAAUUAUGACCUGGCAGCAGAUAGCAAGACUCACAUUCAUCGAAUCGGUCGAACGGCCCGAGCUGGAAAGUCCGGUAAAGCUAUUAGCUUGGUCUCGCAAUACGAUGUCGAGGUAUGGCUGCGAAUUGAGAAGGCGCUAGAUCGGAAACUACCUGAGUACAAAGUUGAGAAGGAGGAAGUGAUGAUCUUGUCGGAACGAGUUGGGGAGGCACAACGACAAGCUAUCGCCGAGCUCAAGGAGUUGGACGAGAAGAAAAAUGGGAGAGGGUCAGUUUUUAUUUUUAUGAUUUUUAAUUCAUCACGACAUUAUGUCCUAAGCACGCUGUCUGCCGCCAUCGUUGCAUUGUGA